CGGAGAUCAGUUCAUAAUUAUAAUUGUUAUAUAAUGAUAAAAAAGUUUUCACUUUAAUUUACGUAAUAUAGCAAAUUCAAAUCAAUUGUUUAACACUAAAGUAGAAGAUCUAGAUUGGUUUUAGAGUAAAAGACUGCAAUGCAAAGUCAAAAUAAACUGCUUUGAUCCAAAAAGAAAACAGUGAUGGAUGUUAAAGGAAAACAGUUGUCGAGAUUGAGACAUUUCUAGAUACAUCUUCUGUAGGGAGUACAUGCUAUUAUAUAUAUGUGGAUUUUGUUCUUGGUUUGUUAAUCAGGUGAUUUAUACCUGUUUUAGUAUAGAUUUCCAUUUUCUAUACUCUGAUUAUUUUGCUUAAUAUACAGAUUUAGUUGAUUUGUUUGGUGAUUUGAUUUCCUAAUGGGGAGUGGAGAGAACCCGGAUUCGACAAAAGAGAUUUCUGUUGAGCUUCCAGCAUUGUUUACUGUGAUUUCGUCCAAGGAAAUUCAUGGGUUUGAUACUAUUGAUCAGCAUAAUGGGUUUCAUGCUGCUGAAUCUGAAGUAAUAAAUGAGCAAAGGAUGGAAAAUGCUGCAAAUGGGUUUGUUUCAAUUAGCAUGCCACAAACACCUAAAACCCCAAAAAAGGUGUUGUUUAGUGAAAAUUCCAAAGAAGUAUCUGCCAAAGUUGCUCCACAUGAUUGUCCUUCUGAGACUAAAUCUGAAACCAAAUCUUAUUCUCAACCAAUACCUAAAUCUGCAACAUGUGUUGAAGAUGAGCAUAAACAGAACCAGUAUUCCGGGCCACAAAUAAGACAUCCCCACGUAGAACGGCUCAAGGAUGCGAGGUUUGAUUCAUUCAAGACAUGGUCUGGAAGACUCGAAAGGCAGUUAUCCCAUCUUCGUGGAAAACCUGUCGAACCACAGCCUGAACGCAUGCCUCGUGAUCAUGCAGAUGGCGAGGCCAUGCCUGUUGAUCGAUAUUUUGAUGCACUCGAAGGUCCUGAGUUGGACACUCUUCGUCCAUCAGAGGAGUUGAUGCUUCCCGAAGACAAAACAUGGCCAUUUCUUCUUCGAUUUCCUAUCGCUUCGUUUGGUAUAUGUCUUGGUGUGAGUAGUCAAGCCAUAUUAUGGAAAACCCUAGCAAAUUCACCCUCAACAAGUUUCCUUAAAGUUAGUCCUUUAGUAAAUUUGAUACUUUGGACUAUUUCCAUAGCUUUGGUAGUUGUAAUUGCUAUCAUCUAUGGAUUGAAGUUAAUCUUCUACUUCGAAGCAGUUAGACGAGAGUAUUACCAUCCAAUCAGGGUGAAUUUCUUCUUUGCUCCGUUCAUAUCCCUCCUUUUCCUGUCACUCGGCUGCCCACCAUCCGUUACUAAAGACCUUCACCAAGCACUUUGGUAUGUGCUUAUGUUCCCAUUCCUCUGCCUCGAGCUUAAAAUCUACGGUCAGUGGAUGUCUGGAGGGCAACGUAGGCUAUCGAAAGUGGCUAACCCUGUGAACCAUUUGUCUGUGGUCGGAAACUUUGUUGGUGCUUUGUUGGGUGCAUCUAUGGGACUUAAGGAAGGACCGCUUUUCUUCUUUGCAGUUGGGUUGGCUCACUAUACCGUCUUGUUUGUUACUCUCUACCAAAGACUUCCUACAAAUAAGACACUUCCCAAGGAACUCCACCCGGUGUUUUUCCUAUUUGUCGCAGCUCCUAGUGUUGCAUCUAUGGCAUGGGCUAGAAUCCAAGGAUCCUUCGAUUAUGGCGCUCGAAUUGCUUACUUCAUCGCUUUGUUCCUCUUGUUUUCACUUGCUGUUCGGAUCAACUUUUUCAGAGGAUUCAAAUUCUCAAUAGCAUGGUGGGCAUACACAUUUCCAAUGACAGCAGCAGCCAUUGCUACCAUAAGAUACUCAAAUGAAGUGACAAAUUGGGUGACAAAAAGCUUAGCAUUGACCCUAGCAACAAUAUCUACCCUUAUUGUUACAGCCUUGCUUGUGUCAACUCUCCUACAUGCUUUUGUGUUCCGCAACUUGUUCCCUAACGACAUUGCUAUCGCCAUCAGUGAACGACCUGCUAAGCUGCGUAAAAGAUGGUUUCCUCACUUGAGAAAUGGUAGUUCAGACUGCAAAGACAUUGAGCAGUACUUGAAGUUUGUCACUACUGAAGCAACUGACUUAGAAUCUUCUGUGGAUCCUUCUAGAACCUCCCAGAAGAAUAAUUCUGAGUCGGUUUAAACGUUUCGAAAACUUGCAAUUAUGUGUUUUGAUUAGUUAAGGAUUAAGAGAUCGUAAUCGUUCAAAGAGAAGCCGAUGAACUCUCUAUCACUUAUGAUUGAGAAAGAGGCUUCAAAAUGUAUUGCUACAUUUUGAGUUAUGUGAUGAUCUGAGUUUGUUAAGUAAAUAAAACAAUUUUUUGUUUGUAAAUGAGUAGAGAGACUAUGAGGACUAUUAAGAGAGGCCAGGCAUAGUGAAGGAUCAUGUGAGUUAUAGUUUAAAAUUAAGGCCCUCAGCUUAAUGUAACUAAAUUUUAUUGAUAUGAUUUUUACAACUUGUUAAUGUUGAUUGUUGUCAAGAACAAGUUGCUAC